CGCUUUAUGGUCCUUGAUGCGAUCCGUUCCUCAAGAGCACACGUCGGCUCAGAGUUUGGUAUGUGAAGGUGCAUGUAUAUCUUGGAAACUUGAUAUGUAAAUUUCCUCACUUCAAGUCGCUUAUAUAAUGUCUAUAAUGUCUAUGGCUAUCGUAUACGUUAACGGCCAACUCGAAUUUCGCCCCACACUGUGUUCAUGACAGAAUGAUGGAAACAGUCGGCUUCUUCAGAGGGGAUACGAUGAUGGAAGUCUUGACAGUUCUAGCCAAUUCUGAAUCCGACGUCAAGAAAGUUCGGGAUGCAGUGAUAUUAUACAUUGCGCGUAAAAAGCAAAAGGGCCGGUCUGAACAACAUAUUCAAGAUAAAUUACUGCAACUAGAGGCCAAGUUCGAGCACAUCGAGACGUGGCAUCCGGCAUUUCGAGAUGCCCGAGCAUUGUUCCAGCUUCCCAAGUCCAAACAUAUCCCACUUCCCAAGUCCGUUAUCCGUAAACAACAUGAAUCCGAGCUGCGUCAUGUGAUAGACAUAGGAGUGGUCCCAUCCUCUCUCAAGCUGUCCUCGUCAGAAUCAUGUAGUUCACCAACUCCUAGCAGCUGGGAUGGAGCGCCAUUGCCAAGAUUACAGGACCUGCCAUACAUGUUACUUGCCUUUCCAUGGGAAAACGAUAGUCUCGAAUCUCAUGCGCACCUUCUUCCAUUAAUGUCUCCUGGGCAAAUAAUUUCAUCUGACGUGCUUUCAUCGCCCUCCCAAUAUGGCGACUCCGAUUCGGAAGGAGACGAUGAGACUACAGCAUCCCCGUCCAAGCUUAAGCAGAGCUAGCCAAAGUCACAGACUCGUAUUGUGUUCGACUUUAGGCACGUCUCGCCACAUGCUUCUUCCUACCCCUUAUAUUUUCACCUGCAUCUUAACAAUCGAUGACUUUUUGCAACGUUGGAGGUUUUUGUGCUUGUUCU